UCGACAUGGUGAACAAAAUCGUUGAAUAAUGACUGUUAUGCCGACGAGCGGUGAAGUCGCGGACAAAGCAGUCUCCACUGAAGAUGCGUCGAGCAACGUCGAAGUGGCCAGGCUCGAGGCCGUCCUGGCCACGCUCGUUGAAACGAAAGUCGAGUCCAUGAAAGCAUCGGCUUCAACGGCGACCAGACGCGUCGGGAGCGCCCCAGCCAGUCCACGAAGACCGAGAUUAACCUCAUCCUCAACGGUGUCCUCGUCCCAAAACCACUACCACCACCACCACCACCACCAUCACCAUCAUCACAAUGGCCAACAGAACGACAACCACCACCAUCAUCAUCACCAUGAUCACAAGCACGACAAGAAGAAGCAGGAGGACCGUAAGCACAGGCGUCACGACUCGGCACCUUGUGGAGAAUUCAUUGGAGUCGCAGGAGGUUUGACUAACCAGACGGAUCGACAGAGGACGAAAUACGGCAAAGGACACCCGAGGGAUACGGAACAGCCCAAGAGUCCUCGGAAGAGACGUCGGCACUCUCGAAGUCCUCAGGGUCCUCCGGGACUGCGGAAUGUCCUGGAAGAUCCUGGCCCCGAGUCCGGACUAGCUCUGUUAGGCAUUGACAGAGACCAGCAGUUGGACUUGCUCAACUUUGAACGAGCGAGGGAAGCUUUUGGUGACACUCGUGAAUUACCAAGACUUCAGCAAAGCUCCUGCUGUUUCUCACAGAGCGCCACUCAGCUGAAAAUUCAUUACGACGUCGACGACUACGUAGCGUUGAACCUCGAAGACGAGCUCGAAGACGAGGAGGACAGUCACAACGAUCAAAAGAAGAGACGCGGUCCUUGCGAUAAGUAUCACAGGCCAAAGAGGAAGCGGAAACGACGCCGGCGGAGAAUCGGCCCGGGAGAAACAUCCGAAGAACUUGCCGACCCUGAGGAGCUUCCACCACGAGCUCGAUGGACCAUCGUCGCGACUGCCUGCCUCCUUCUCGCCAUGUCGCUACUUCUGGUCGGAGUGACGCUCAGGAUGGCACCCAUUAUCGACGACAUGGUUCGAAGGGAGAACGAGGAAUUAUUGAGUUCACUUAGUCAAGACAGCUUCGUGCCCGAGAACAGCACAGCUCAGCAGUGAAAAGCCUGUUAUGCACGUACUAUCGGAUCGACGAAGAGGACCAGAGGAGAGAAAAACGAUCCCACGCCUUCGUUUUCGCAACGUGUAUAUGUAAUUAUAUAAAUUUUAAACCCUGCAAAAAUAGCAGGGAGAAAAACGUGCGUAAAGAAUUUGUUUGUUCACUAGGUAUAAUUCCGCGAACUGAAAAAUCAUCUUCUCUCGCGCUGGAGAAAUAUUUAUAAUAUAUCACCAUGCAUACGGCACACGUGCAGGUAGCGUACAUUUCUGAAGAAUUGAUUUAUUUUCAUUUC